AUGCCCCGCAAAGCGAUUGAUUCCCGAAUUCCGGCCCUCAUUCGAAAUGGCGUGCAGGAGAAGAAGCGGAGCUUCUUCGUCGUCGUUGGCGACCGCGCAAAGGAUGUCAUCGUCCACCUUCACUAUAUCAUGUCGAGCGUCGACGUCAAGCAGAACAAGUCCGUGCUGUGGGCCUACAAGAAGGAUUUGUUAGGAUUCACGAGUCACCGGAAGAAGCGUGAGGCCAAGAUCAAGAAGGAGGUCAAGCGCGGCAUCAGAGAACCCAACCAGGAGGAUCCGUUCGAGCUGUUCAUCACCCUCAACCAGAUCCGCUACGUCUACUACAAGGAGACCGAGAAGAUUCUCGGUAACACCUACGGAAUGUGCGUGCUCCAGGACUUCGAGGCCAUGACCCCGAACCUGCUCGCCCGGACUGUUGAGACCGUCGAAGGUGGUGGUAUCGUCCUGCUGCUGCUGAAGGGCAUGAACAGCUUGAAGCAGCUGUACACAUUGUCCAUGGAUAUCCACUCGAGAUACCGCACCGAGGCCCACGACGAUGUCACCGCCAGAUUCAACGAGCGCUUCAUCCUGUCUCUUGGUAGCUGCGAUUCCUGCCUGGUCGUGGAUGACGAGUUGAACGUCCUGCCCAUCUCCGGCGGAAAAAGCGUGAAGCCGCUGCCUCCGCCGGAGUCGAUCGACGAUACCAACACUGGCACAAAGAAGGAGCUGAAGGAGAUUAAGGAGAGCUUGGCAGAGUCUCAGCCUAUUGGCUCGCUGGUUAACUUGGCUCGCACCGUCGACCAAGCGAAGGCGCUCUUGACGUUCGCCGAUGCGAUCGCUGAGAAGACCCUUCGCAGCACUGUCGCUUUGACCGCUGCCAGAGGUCGCGGUAAAUCCGCAGCUCUUGGUGUGGCCAUUGCGGCCGCCGUCGCGCACGGCUACAGCAACAUCUUCAUCACCUCGCCCAGCCCCGAGAACUUGAAGACCCUCUUCGAGUUCGUGUUCAAGGGCUUUGACGCUCUCGGCUACCUCGACCAUGUUGACUACACCAUCCUUCAAUCGACCAACCCGGAUUUCAACAAGGCCAUCGUCCGUGUCAACAUCCAUCGCCAGCACCGUCAGACCAUCCAGUACAUUCAGCCCCAGGAUGCCCACGUCUUGGGUCAGGCUGAGCUGCUGGUGAUUGAUGAAGCCGCCGCCAUCCCUCUUCCUCUGGUCCGCAAGCUGAUGGGACCGUACUUGGUCUUCAUGGCCUCUACCAUUAACGGUUACGAAGGAACGGGCCGCUCCCUCUCCCUGAAGCUGAUCCAGCAGCUUCGCGAGCAGUCCCGGGGAGGCGUCAAGGUCAGUGGUGAAGAUGAUAUUGACGUCGCCGAUCGUGCCACAGGCAAGGCCGCCAAGAACAUUGAUAAGAGCCUGGCUGGACGUUCUUUGAGAGAAAUCACCCUCUCGGAACCCAUCAGAUACGCACCGGGUGAUUCGGUGGAGAAGUGGUUGAACAAGGUCCUUUGCCUGGACGCGACCCUGCCCAAGUCUCGCAUGAACACUCAGGGCACCCCCCACCCCUCGCAGUGCCAAUUGCUGCAAGUCAACCGUGAUACCCUGUUCUCCUUCCACCCUGUUUCCGAAAAGUUCCUUCAGCAGAUGAUGGCUCUCUACGUUGCCAGCCACUACAAGAACACUCCUAAUGAUCUUCAGCUCAUGAGCGAUGCGCCCGCGCACCAGCUGUUUGUUCUCGUUCCCCCGAUUGACGAAGAAGCCACCAAGCUCCCCGAACCCCUCUGUGUCAUUCAGGUUGCCCUGGAAGGUCGCAUCAGCCGACAGAGUGUCCUCAACAGCCUGAGCCGCGGCCAGCGGGCGGGCGGUGAUCUGAUCCCUUGGCUGGUCAGCCAGCAAUACCAAGAUGAGGACUUCGCCGGUCUUUCGGGUGCCCGAAUUGUCCGUAUCGCCACGAACCCAGAGUAUCUGAGCAUGGGAUACGGUUCUCGUGCUCUUGAGCUGCUCAUUGACUUCUACGAGGGCAAGUUCACCAGCCUUUCGGAGGAUAUCCCCGAGGUGCAGGAUGAGAUGGUCCGGGUGACGGACGAGGAGCUGACCAACUCCAACCUCCUGGACGACAACGUUAAGGUCCGCGAUAUCCACACCAUGCCCCCAUUGUUCGGCAAACUGUCCGAGCGUCGCCCCGACGCUCUAGACUACGUUGGCGUCAGCUUCGGUCUCACCCCCUCUCUGCACAAGUUCUGGAAGCGCUCGUCCUUCUCUCCCGUCUACCUCCGCCAGACCCCCAACGACCUGACCGGCGAGCACUCCUGCGUAAUGCUGCGCACCCUGACCACCGGCUCCAACGAUGCCGCCUGGCUGGGCGCCUUCUCGCGUGACUUCCACAAGCGUUUCUCGUCUUUGCUGUCGUACCAGUUCCGCGAGUUCCCCUCCGUGCUGUCUCUCAGCAUCUGCGAGUCCGCCAACUCCGGCGCCAAACUCGACCCCUCCAUCUCCCAGAACCCCUUGACCAAGGCCGAGCUCGAUGCCGCCUUCUCGCCCUUCGACCUUAAGCGUCUCGACAGCUACGCCAACAACCUCCUCGACUACCACGUCAUCCUCGACAUGGUUCCCAUUAUCGCCGAGUACUACUUCUCCGGCCGCCUCAGCGGCAAGGUCAGCCUGUCCGGCGUGCAGCAAUCCAUCCUGCUCGCCAUUGGUCUGCAGCGCAAGAACCUUGACACAAUCGAGAAGGAGCUCACCCUCCCCUCGUCUCAGCUCCUCGCCAUGUUCCUCAAGAUCAUCCGCAAGGUCUCCACUUACUUCCGCAACCUGAUCGAAGGUGCCGUUGCCGAGACCAUGCCCGCAGAGAAGGCUCCCUCCGCUCGGGUCACCACCGAGGCGCAUGACGAACUUCCCGACGAGCGCUUCAAGCCCCUGGAGACCAGCCUGGACGACGAACUCCGUGAAGGUGGCCAAGAAGUCAACGAGGAGCUUCGCGAGAAGCAGCGCGCGUUGAUUGACGCUCUCCCUCUUGACAAAUACGAGAUCAACCACGGUAGUGCGGCAUGGGAAGAAGCCGAGAAGCAGAUCCGCGCCGGCGGUGCUUCCACCGUCAGCGUCAAGACCAGCAAGCAGACCAAGCGCAAGAAGGGCGAGUCGGCUCGGGAGAUCUACGACCAGGAGAUCGAUUCCAAGAGACAGAAGAUCAUUAAGAAGGGAACGGAGGGAAAGAAGAAGAAGCAUUAG